AUGAUUUUGGGGGCUUGGUCGGCUGUUGCAUCAUGUCAAUGGUGUACAUUCUCACUUCUUCGAGCAACCAUGUUGGCUUUCUGUGUAUUAAAUGCAGCAUGUGCCUUUUUAUUUGCGUGGAUGAUGGACUCAACGGAGAUGGUGGUUUUUCGUAUUCCGGCGAUAGAGCAUAAGUGGGACCUGCGCGUAAAAGCGAUGGCUUGUCGUCGUGCUGGGCUUUUUUUUAUAUUUUUUUUCUUUCUCAUUUUGCUGGCACCGCUGUGGAACCUUUUACGCGAUACGUUUCGUUUAUUUCUUUUUCGUCUUCGGUUUUGUGCUCGCCGGAAUUGCCGUAAAGUCGUGUUGCGUGAUCAGCGUCGACCCCUCCGGUGGAAAGAAAGCGAUUCGGAGAUAGAAGAGAUGUUAGGGCGCUAG